CGCAUAUGUGUCGGUAUCCGUUUCUGAUAAUUGCCAGUACUCAUUCAAGGUCAGUUUGGUACUGUUUACCCGUCUCUUGACGCGAAGUUUGACCACUUGCGCGCCUCAUUCUGAUCUUUCUGCACGAGAGUCAAAGUGCAAGCAUUCACACCCUAAAAUCGUAGACUUGCACUCCCUGACCACAAAAACAUGGCCUCCUUGGAAGAUUACGACGAGUUUGGGAACUAUAUUGGGGCGGACCUGGACUCGGAUGAAGGGGACGAGGAUGAUUUGCCGCCACAGCAGUUCGGCGCACAAACCGAGGCGCACCCUGCUCCACUCGAGGGAUACGACCAGGACGAUCCCAUGCAGGGCACGGAGCAAAACGCGUUAAUGGAACUGGAAGAACCGGUGCACAAUGCGGUCAUUCUCCACGAAGACAAGCAGUACUACCCGUCUGCUGCGGAUGUAUAUGGGCCGGACGUCGAGACGAUGGUACAGGAGGAGGAUAACCAGCCGCUCACGCAGCCCAUCAUCGCGCCCAUAAAAGUGCGGAAGUGGAACAUCGAGGAGAAGGACAUGCCGGAGACGCGAUUCGACAAAGGGUUUUUGUUGAACAUGACGACGUUCCCCGAGAUGGUGCGCAAUGUCGCCGUUGUCGGGCAUUUGCAUCACGGAAAAACAGCCCUCAUGGACAUGCUCGUGUUCGAAACGCACAAGCUCGUGUGGGAUGCUGACCGACCGACUCGGUACACGGAUACACACGUUCUGUCUCGGGAGCGAGAUAUUUCUAUCAAAUCUUCUCCGAUGUCGCUAGUCCUCUCCACCACUGCCGGCAAAUCCCACCUACUGCAUCUCAUCGACACCCCUGGGCACGUCAAUUUUGUCGACGAGGUCGCGUGCGCAAUCCGACUCGUGGAUGGAAUCCUUCUUGUAGUCGACGUUGUCGAAGGGCUUAUGAUUGGUGCUGAAAACACCAUCCGCCACGCACUCCAAGAGGGUGUCAAAAUCACUCUGGUGGUCAACAAAAUCGACCGGCUCAUCCUAGAACUGCGGAUCAAGCCCGCAGACGCUUAUUACAAAAUCAAGCACACUAUUGAAGAAAUCAACACUUUCAUUGCUGGAAUUGACCCUGACCCAGAAUUGCGACUCAGCCCCGAGAAUGGGAACGUCGCAUUCGCGAGCACGGAUAUGAGUUGGUGUUUCACGCUGCGCUCCUUUGCCCAGAUGUAUGCCGAUGCCUAUGGGUCAUUGGAUGUGCGGGCCUUUGCUGAUCGGUUAUGGGGAGACAUCUGGUACUCGAGCGAACGCAAGUUCACGCGGAAACCGGAAGAUCCCGAAUCCAAUCGAACCUUUGUGCAUUUCAUCCUCGAUCCUUUGUACAAGUUGUACAGCCACGUCCUCAGCGAGGACGUCGAUGAGCUGAAGGCUACUGUUGAGAGCUUGGGUAUUCGGCUGAAGCCAGUCAUGUACAAGAUGGACGUGCGGCCUUUGCUGAAGGUCAUUUUGGCCCAGUUUUUUGGUCCAGCCACUGGGUUGGUCGAUGUUAUCGUGGAGAACGUUCCUUCGCCCCUGGAGAGCGCUCAGAACAAAGUCGAAGCCACGUACAGUGGUCCUCAGAGCUCGGAGCUGGUUGCGUCCAUGAAAGCAUGUGACCCCGAGGGUCUGGUCAUGGUGCAGAUCAGCAAAUUGUACCAGACGACCGACGCUCAGUCAUUCCGUGCUUUUGGACGUGUGAUGAGCGGCACUGUGCGCAAGGGGAUGGAGAUCAAAGUCCUGGGUGAAGGCUACUCGCCCGAAGACGAGGAAGACAUGAUGAAGGCCACUGUCGAGGACAUCUGGAUCAGCGAAGCUAGGUACUUUAUUCCUGCUGAAGAGAUCACGGCCGGCAACCUGGUUCUUCUCGGUGGUGUUGAUGCCUCCAUUACUAAAUCGGCGACCCUGGCCGGCAUGAAUAUCGAGGAGGACCUACACAUUUUCCGCCCCAUCAAGCACAUGACAGAGUCCGUGCUGAAGAUCGCCAUCGAACCUAUCGCACCAUCUGAGCUACCGAAGAUGCUCUCCGGGCUGCGGAGCGUGAACAAGUCGUAUCCGCUGCUAGCGACCAAGGUGGAGGAGAGUGGCGAACACGUGAUUAUCGGGACAGGUGAACUAUACUUGGACUCGGUGAUGCACGAUCUGCGGAAACUGUUCUCGGAGAUAGAGAUCAAGGUCUCGGAUCCCGUGACCAAGUUCUGCGAGACGGUUCUGGAGACGAGCGCGCUCAAGUGUUAUGCGGACACACCCAAUAAAAAGAACAAAAUCACGAUGAUCGCAGAGCCUUUGGAACGGGGGAUUGCUGAGGACAUCGAGCGUGGGCGAGUCAACAUGCGGAUGACGCCAAAAGAACGAGGGACGUUCUUCCAACAGAACUACCAGUGGGAUCUUCUUGCCUCGCGAUCAAUCUGGGCGUUUGGUCCAGACGACAGCGGGCCCAAUGUUCUGCUGGAUGACACACUACCGUCUCAGAUCGACAAGAAGAUGCUGGGCACCGUCAAGGACCACCUCAAACAGGGCUUCCAGUGGGGUGCCAGAGAAGGGCCGUUGUGUGAUGAACCCAUGCGGAAUGUGAAGUUCCGUUUGCUGGACGCAAGCCUCGCCCAGGAGCCGAUAUUCCGCGGCGGUGGACAGAUUGUGCCUACAGCGCGCCGGGUGUGCUAUUCUUCAUUCUUGAUGAUGUGGCAGGCUACACCUCGGCUGAUGGAGCCAAUCUACUACGUGGAAGUGCAAGCUCCCGCAGACUGUAUCUCUGCAGUUUACACCGUUCUCGCUCGACGUCGUGGUCAUGUGACGCACGACACCCCGAAAGCAGGGUCGCCGCUGUACACUGUCAAGGCGCUCAUACCCGUCAUCGACGCAAACGGCUUUGAGACCGAUCUGCGGACAGCAACACAGGGUCAGGCCUUUUGCUUACAAGUGUUCGAUCACUGGGCGGUUGUCUUAGGUGACCCGACUGACACCAGCAUCAAAUUGCGGCCAUUAGAGCCGGCCUCCGCGCAAGCACUGGCGCGUGAUUUGGUUCUCAAGACACGUAGGAGGAAAGGUCUCGGAGACCAGAUUGCAGUCUCGAAAUACUUGGAUGACGAAUUUGUGCUCAUUCUCCCUCCGUCUUGUAAUUUCCCUUCUGGCCCUUCGUAUACCAUGCGAAGCGUAGCGCUUUCUGUCCUUGCCCUGGCUGCCUCUGGCGCCUUGGCUCAAACUGAUGAACCCAAACCCUCCUUCAAGCCCACUGAAAUCUCUGCCCCCUUCCUCGAGCAAUUCACCGAGGACUGGUCUGACCGCUGGACGCCCUCCGAGGCUACUAAGAAGACCCCCGUUGGCAGUGAGACUUUCAGCUACGUCGGCCAAUGGAAGGUCGAGGAGCCAUCUAUCUCCGUCAUUGAGGGCGACCUCGGUCUCGUCGCGAAGAGCAAGGCCGCUCACCACGCCAUCUCCGCGCCCUUCGCCAAGCCCGUCGACUUCAAGGACAAGCCUCUCGUCGUGCAGUACGAGGUCAAGUACCAGGAGGGCGGCAACUGCGGUGGUGGAUACCUCAAGCUGCUCGAGGAUGGCUUCCAGACCAGUGGCAAGGAGUUCUCCGACACCACUCCGUGGGUCGUCAUGUUCGGUCCUGACUUGACCUGCCCGGGAACCAAGGUUCACUUCAUCUUCCGCCACAAGAACCCCAAGUCCGGCGAAUACGAGGAGAAGCACCUCUCUUUGCCUCCCAAGCCCACGAUCGAGAAGUUGACCAACCUCUACACGCUCAUCGUCAAGCCCGACAACACCUUCGAGGUCCUCGUUAACGGUAUCUCUGAGAAAUCUGGAAGCCUGCUCGAGGACUUUGAGCCUCCUGUCAACCCUCCCGCCGAGAUCGACGACCCCACUGAUGUCAAGCCCGAGACCUGGGUUGAUGAGAAGCGUAUCGCCGACCCCGAGGCCGUCAAGCCCGAGGACUGGGACGAGGAGGCCCCUUACGAGAUCGUUGAUGAGGAGGCCGUUAAGCCUGAAGGCUGGCUCGAUGACGCACCCACGGUUAUUCCCGACCCCGACUCCGAGAAGCCCGAGGAAUGGGACGACGAGGAGGAUGGUGAUUGGAUUGCCCCGACCGUGCCCAACCCUGCAUGUGCCGAGGCUCCCGGCUGCGGUGAAUGGAAGCGCCCCAUGGUUGCCAACCCUGCCUACAAGGGCAAGUGGUACGCGCCGUUCGUCGACAACCCUCUCUACAUUGGCGAGUGGGCCCCCAAGAAGAUUGCCAACCCCGACUUCUUCGAGGACCUCGCCCCUGUCAAGAGUCUGAACAAGAUCGGUGGUGUCGGUAUUGAGCUCUGGACGAUGACUGAGGACAUCCUCUUCGACAACAUCUACGUUGGACACUCGCCCGAGGACGCCAAGGCUCUUGCCGCCCAGACCUUCGACAUCAAGAAGCCUCUUGAGGCUGCCGUUGCCAAGCCGAAGGUGGACGAUGACGAAGAUGAGGAAGAGGUGUCAUUCAAGCAGGACCCGAUGGCGUUCAUCCGCAACAAGGUUUUCGCGUUUAUCGACCUGGCCAAGAUUGACCCCGUUGUUGCCUUCAAGACGCAGCCCGAGACCGGCGGAGCGCUCAUUGCUGCUCUGAUCACCCUCUUCGGCAUGAUCGGCGCUCUCUUCGGCCUUGUCGGCGCUGGCCAGAAGCCCAUCACCAAAUCGUCGAAGAAGACUGAUGCCCCGACUGCGGACGACAAGAAAAGCAAGGCUGCUGCCCCCGUGGCGCCUGCUGGCGGCGAGAAGAAGGACGAGAGCUCCGUCAAGAAGCGCAAGUAAAUCAUCGGACUAUUAUUGGGGCGACGGGGAGAGGAGUGGGCGCACGCCAAGAGGGCAGACGGGAGCAUCGCUCUCUCUAUUUGUCUACCUUGUUAUCGCGUACAGAUGGCCAGGCUUUGCCCUGGUCCUAAAACACAAGCAUAAAAUGGCAUAUGGCGGUUUCGUUCUUUUAAACCAG